GAUGCCUAUUUUAGUCAAAGGCACUGCCCGCGCGGGGAUCCCACCCAAGCCGGGGAGCCACCGAUCGGCGCGGGCUCUCUCCUCGGGCGCCCGUGGAACCGGCGCACCCGCGUCCCUGCGCCCCGCUGGCGGCUGCCCCAAACUUUGGCCGGCGCCGGGGACAAGCCAGGGCCGCCGGGUCCUGCUCGGAGGCGGUGUACGGUGGUGCGAGGUGGAGGUGGAACACCGCGCUCAGUCCCGGUCUCUCGUGGUCCGAGAGCUUCGGGUCGAGGAGAACCGUGGGCACUGACCCUCCUUUAAGGAACCAGGACUUUUCAAGAUGAAUUACACCGAGUCCAGCCCAUUGGCAGAAUCAACAGCAAUAGGUUUUACACCUGAGUUAGGAAGUAUUAUAUCUGUGCCUUCCAAUGAGACAACUUGUGAAAACUGGAGAGAGAUACAUCAUCUAGUUUUUCAUGUAGCAAAUGUUUUUUUUGCAGUCGGGUUGAUUAUUCCAACUACUCUUCAGCUCCAUAUGAUACUUCUUAGAGGGAUGUUAGCUAUAGGAUGCUCCCUUUACAUUGUCUGGGCCACUCUCUACCGAUGCGCCCUGGAUGUCAUGGUCUGGAACUCCGUGUUCCUCAGUGUCAACAUUCUGCAUCUCUCAUAUCUUUUGUACAAGAAGAGACCGGUGAAGAUUGAAAAGGAACUCAAUGGCAUCUACCGGCGGUUAUUUGAACCACUCCGUGUGCCUCCAGAGUUGUUCAGAAGAUUAACUGGACAGUUUUGUAUGAUCCAAACCUUGAAAAAGGACCAGACUUAUGCUGUAGAGGAUAAAACCUCCGUUGAUGACCGCCUGAGUAUUCUCCUGAAGGGAAAAAUGAAGGUCUCCUAUAGAGGACAUUUUCUGCAUAACAUUUACCCCUGUGCCUUUAUAGAUUCUCCUGAAUUUAGAUCAACUCAGAUGCACAAAGGUGAAAAAUUCCAGGUCACCAUUGUUGCCGACGAUAACUGCAGGAUUUUAUGCUGGUCAAGAGAAAGAUUAACUUACUUUCUGGAAUCUGAACCUUUCCUAUAUGAAAUAUUUAGGUAUCUUAUAGGAAAAGACAUUACAAAUAAGCUCUACUCAUUGAAUGAUCCCACCUUAAAUGAUAAAAAGGCCAAGAAGUUGGAGCACCAGCUCAGCCUUUGCACGCAGAUCUCCAUGCUGGAAAUGAGGAACAGCAUCGCCAGCUCCAGCGACAGCGAAGACGGCUUACACCAGUUCCUUCGGGGCCCCUCCAGUGUGUCCUCUCUUCAUGUGCCGUCCCCACACCAACGAGCCUCUGCCAAGAUGAAACCAAUAGAAGAGGGGGUGGAAGAUGACGACGAGGUCUUUGAGCCCACGUCUCCCAAGACAGUUCAAGUCCAUCAGUUGCCUUGAUCGGAGAGAAGAGUCGAGUUACCAAGAGGGAAAAAAAGCUGUCUUGAAGAGAUCCUGGAAAAUACCAGUGCUUUUUCGCCGCUUUUAGAUUAUUCUGCUUUAGGACACCCAGACGGGUAGAGUGUGAGGCAGAAAAGAGAGGGAGAUCCCAAAACAGAAAGGGUGUUUUCACUCUCCUUUUUGUUGGUCAGCUUUCCAAGUGGUCGUCUUCCUGAGCCUUCUGACUAAAACCUGCUCUAUUCUGAGAUAUGUAUUUUCACAGUAUUUUCUAGAUACACUAUUAUUUUAACUAAAAAAAAAAAAAAUCUUAGUGUUCUGUCAAAUGCUGUCUCACUUAUUUUUCCAAGUGUGGUUCAUCUUCCUUACAGGCGACUUUUUCACAAUAGUGUUGUCCAUUUGAUAGCUUUAACAAACAACGUCAGUUUGAAAUUGAAAUGGAAGUAACAUUAAAAAGCAGGGCAUCUCAGGCUUUGCUCAAGUGAUUUUUUUAGGUGGAAAAUUUUCAAGAAAAAUGUGAUUUGACUGGAGUUUAUUUUCUCCCAGGAUAGACACACGACUCCACGGGAUGGCCUGACUUGUCUGGGCAUCGUGUGGAUGGCUUGCUAAUGAACAAAACUCAUCGGGCUUUGUUCACAUGACCCUUCUAUUAUCUAUUUAAGAAUUGGUCUGAAACGUCCCAGCUGGGAAGGUAACAGAUGGAAGCAGUUCUGGACUUGGCAGCGGCCUUCAGUCGGACUCCCCUGGGCUGGGCGCCCUCCUGUCCCCCGUGUCCCGGUGAGGAAAGCACUGUCCUUGGGUGGGGAGGGCAGGAGAGUGAGGCGCCGAGCAAGUGGCCCGGAGCGAGGUGACUGACAGCGCAGCCUCGUUCUUUGGUCCCCGGGAUUCGGAGGUUUCACACUGUCCUCCAGCCACAGAUCGCUCUUAAACUGUGAGCUGCGGGUGGACCCCGCUGUGGGGGCGGAGGUGGCCACGGGCUGUGCCGUGGGCGCACGGCCUGGACAGCGCUGCGAGGGCCUUGGUUCCACUCUCUUUGCUACCUGAAUCACGUGUUAGGAAACAGUGGUGUUGGCUGGUGGGAGAGGAAAAGUUGGUUUGAACCAUGUGUCAGCCCGGUCAGUGUGACUGCGGCGCCGAGUUGGGUGAAGCCCACGGAUCGGCUGUGUAGCAUCAUUCCCCACCGCGGUUUAUUGUGUUUCAGCCACUAGACCCAACUUCAAGUCUGGCCUGUCUUAAGUUAAACAGCUAAGAGAAGCUCCACAUGAAAAGUUUCAGGUGAGCUGAGCCAAACGCAGCAUCUCUUGUCAUUUCCGUGAAAGAAGGUAACUAAGCUACUCCAGAGCCACCUCCUUUUCCUGCAGCCCUCUUUUUAUUAACGCUAAUUGUUUUAGUAAUUUCACUUGAGUUUGCGUGCUCGGUCACUCGCUGAGAAAGUUUCCAAGGACUGGGACUCCAGCUCCUAAUGCCUGCACCAGGUGUCGGCUCAUUAGCGUCCGGGUGGAAACACUCUUCAAGGGCCGCGUUAGAAGUUCACUCUGGAGAACGGGGCGAAGGCGGACGACUGAGCCUUGGCUUUAAGAUUGCAGAGAUAUGUCGGGUCUCACUGUCUCUUGCUGUGGCUGAGACCACGUGCACGACUAUAAAGGCCUGGCGUUAACACCGCUGCCUUUCCUAUUGGAGUGAGGUCAUGCAGACCCUUUAGUUUACCCGUGCAUAAGAAUAAUUACAAAAUCGCUCUGUGGAGUAAUUAGAUAUUACAUUCUCCCCUAAGUAGACAGUAAUUUUCGACUCUGCUGAGUCCACGUGUUUCAUGUUCUGUGGGCGGACAGAAACUUGGGGUUUCCUUACUGACCCCCGUCCAGGUUUGUCUCACUUUGUUAAGCUCAGACAGAGAAAUGGGUCAUCUCUGAUGACCGGCCUGGAUGUGAUGGGAGGUGAUUCAGCUGAUGUAGUGCUGGGGACACACAUUUUUAAAGGCACACUGCUGUAACUAGGCGAUACAAAGUCAUCUACUGUGUUUACAAAAUGUGUGUGUGCCCCAUGCAUCAGCACCCUUGAUAAGAUGGCUGUGGUCUCAAGAUUAGGAAUACUGAAGGAGUCUCUGAGCCGGAACAAAACACAAAAUUAUUUUCCAGUACAGACCUCUACGGGAGACAGUGACCCUCAGAGAAAAGGAGCCGCAGGCUGCCGAGUGGCCCUCACACGUUGACAUGAUAGCAGAGAAGCAGAUAAGAGAACAGAAACGAGUUCUAAGAUCUCCUCUCAAUGGCAUUCAGUUCGUUUACACAAAUGAACAGUGUGUCUUUGUAUGAGGCAUGAAUACAAAGACAAAAAACAUGUUUGCUGCCAAAGCCACCAAUAAGAUGCUUUCUGUGUUGUUCGAUAUUCAGUUUUCUGCGUGACCGAGGAUCAGAAAGUGGUCUGGAAAAAUUAUUCUGUAUACAACCCAAAGUCUGUGUUAAAAUGUAACAUCAAGUCUGUUGUAUGCCUCUGGAGUGGGACAUUUAUACCAGAAUGUAUGUAGCAUUUAUAGUAUUUUGAAAGCCCUCAUAAAUAUUUGUAUUUAUAAAAUAAAAGCACAGACACUAGAUAGAUUCUCA